AUGGUGAACGACUUCGCCCUUUACUCCCAACACAAAAACCCCUUCCGAGAUCUUACUGCGCUGAUCAAUCAUUCUCCUGUUCUCGCCAGCAGCAUCGCUGCCCUUGGGGCUGUUCAUUGCUCCCUUGUAUCGGAAUCGGACUCUUCUGUCCUACCAUGGUCAUCGGGCAAUCUAUCGAUGUCAGUAGAGGAGAUUGAAGAUAUUGUCGCACCGGCAAGUUCUCGAAAAUCCACUUCGCAAGCCUACCAUCAUUUCUUGGAGUACAAGCAGCGCGCCCUUCGCCAAUUAUCUAUGGAUCUCCAUAACCCGGUGAUGCAGAAGGACGGCAGGACCUUGGCUGCUAUUGUCUUGCUUGCCUUUAUAGACAUAUUUGAGUCUGGCAGCGGGGCCUGGAGUUAUCAUAUUGAGGGCGCGAAGAAGCUUCUCAAGGACCGACCUGAAAAUGGCCCGGGACAAGGGAUUCUCGACGACCUGGACGCCUUUGCCCUUGACGGGUGUUUAAUAAUGGAAAUCAUGGGAUCAACACUAGCUCGCCCAGGCGCACUCUCAAAGCCCUUUUACUCCUCAUCCAUGGGCCCAGAGAUCCUCAAACGCCUCGAAGAAAAUUCUUGGGUCGGAUGUCCCGCCUAUCUCCUAGAAGUGAUUUUCUUCCUCCACGCCCUCUGGUACCCAGACUCCGAAGUCGCCGCCAUAACUCCCCAACCAACAGCGCUGCCAAAUGCAAUUCAGCACAGUCAGCCUCUCACCCUAGACUCAUUCGGAAGUCUCCUCCAAGGAAUCCGCGACUUCGACCCAAUAGCCUGGAGCCAAGAAAUGCAAAAUGUCUUCUUCAUCCCAAACCUAACCUACCGUCUCGCUCUUGCAACCUCCUACCAAGACGCUGUCUACCUUUACACCAGCCGCCUCCUCUCACGCGCCAGAGAAGGCUUCUCGCCCCCCUGGGCAGAUGUAGGCCUCCCGCUCGACCAUAAACUCAUCGCCACGAACCUCAUCACGCAAAUCUGCCUCAUCCCAGAUUCGGACCCCCACUUCAAAUGUCUCAUCUGGCCCACCUUCAUCGCUGGUGCAGAAUGUCGCCCUUCGCAGCGGGGUCUUAUUCUUGAAAAGCUCGGCUCGCUCUAUGAGGCCCUGACGAGUGUUAAUGUCCGCAAUGCUGCGUGGGUCCUGCGUCUCAUGUGGCAGAAACAAGAUCUCAAGCGCCAGGAGUGUCAGAAUUUUUCCGGUGAACAGGGCUAUGAUAAUAAUGAUUACGAUAUUGAGUUUGACUGGAUCGAGGAGUUGGAUAAUACGCGCCUCGACUGGUUGUUCAUCUAA